UUCGUUACCGGUAGGGCGAGUAAGUAACGUUAGCAUUGGAAAUAUAUCACGUAUGCCUGCCUAUACACGCAACAUAUGAAGUGAAGAAUAGAUGCCGUGAUUAUUGAAGUUAGAUUUUACCAUCCUACCGGGACUUUUUAAAACAGGCGAGCUGAAAAAACUGAAACUAUUGAAUGGAACAGUCAAAUCAUCUUUGAAUAGUGGAUUUAAAGGAAUACUACGAGACUACAACGGAAUACACCAAUUUAAAAUUCAGUCAAUAACUUAGAAAUUUAUGUGUUUUAGAAGAAAAACGAACGUAACAAUGCAGUUUGUUUUCCUGUCGGCAUUACUUAUUUUUGGAUUUGUUUUUGAAGUAGGGGCAGAACCCGAAGCAGCACCUGGCCCCAGUCCAAUCGCCGAUCCAGGACGGAAAUCUCAAGAUAGAUCCGUCAAACCUGUUUUGACCGAAGAGCCCACUAGUCAAAUUGCCAAACGUGGUGGUACUGCUGAUCUAUACUGCCGAGCUGAAGGCCUUCCUAAGCCGCAAAUAUCUUGGUACAAGGAUGGUCACUUACUUCGAAAGAACGCUAAAAACAUCUUAUUCAUGCAUAACAAGAUACAUUUAUUCAACCUCCGCAAUAGCGUGGCAGAAGGAGUUUACCAAUGUGAGGCAAAGAAUGGUGCCGGAACAGUAAGAAGUCAGAACGUGACUUUGUCUAUAUCAUAUAUAAAAGAAGAAUUUCGAGUGAUACCAACAGACGAAGUAUCAACAGUUGGCCAAAACGCUAUUAUUAAAUGCGAGGGACCAGAAGGUCUACCCGAACCGAAAAUCACGUGGAAAAAGGAUGACAAAUGGCUGCCUACUGGCACCGGCAGAGUCAGAAUCGAAAACGGGGACCUCGUCAUAACCGGGACAAGGAAAUCAGACGACGGCCAAUACAAAUGUGUCGCAACGAAUCAAGCAGGAACUAGAGAGAGCCUUGUCGUACUAUUAACAGUUUUACAACCUCCACAAUUUACUGUGACACCCGAAGACGUUGAGGUCAAGGAAGGACAAGACGUGGAACUUGCUUGUCAGGUAGAAAAACCUGAAGGCGAAACUAAACCAAGAAUUAGAUGGACCAAAGCUGAUGGAAUUGUAUCAGGAUCAAGGUUUGAACUACUCGGCAAUGGAAAUCUCCGAAUCACCGACAUUCAAGCUGAGGAUGAAGGAAAGUAUAUUUGCAACGCUGGAAAUCAACGUACUUCAAAAUCCGUCUCGGCCACGGUUACAGUCCACACAAAACCGGAAUUCAUUCGUGUUCCAAAAGAAACUAUGUCGGUGCGUGUAGGUGCCACCGUCAAGCUGACAUGCUCUGCCUCCGGAAAACCAAAACCUUCAAUACUGUGGCAUAUAAAUGACGGUGCGAAUAUAUUUGCUGACAGCGUUAGUGAAGAUGGCUCUGUUACUGUGAAUGAAGCUGGCGAGCUGACUCUUUACAAUGCAAAAUUUACCGAUACUGGACGGUAUACAUGCCAAGCUCUCAGUAUAUCAGGACGAGUCUCAGCUGAUACCCAACUUACUGUAGUUUCUCACCAAAGUGACAUUAACCCGCCGAUUAUUCGCCGAGGUCCCCAGAAUAUAACUGCUGCAUAUGGAUCUCCAGUGGAUCUACGUUGCACAACGUCAGCCAUUGCAACUACAAAAUUCGAUUGGAUGAAAGGAGGGUCAAAAAUUGAACCCGGAAGUAAAUAUACAAUAACUUCCGGGAACUUGAAAAUUAUCAGCGCACAGAAUUCUGAUACCGGAAAAUAUACAUGUAGAGCUACAAAUGACUUCGGCUGGAGCAAGUGGGACGUAUGGGUAACCGUUGCAGAAAAAGGUGUUACAGUGUCACCGUCGAAAUUUGACGCCACAAAAGUGCCAGAAGCACCAAGUGCUCCGACUGUUACCGGAUCGACAACUGAUUCUAUUUCACUUCAAUGGACGCAAGAUACUGCAACCGGAUCGACUCCUCUCAUCGGAUAUAUGAUUGAAUAUUAUUGUCAACAAUGUGAUGUAGCAACCUGGAAUCGGAUUAGUGCAAAGAUUACUUCCAGCACAUUUACAGUCAAAGAUUUAACUUCUGGUUCCAGUUAUGUUUUCCUGGUGAGGGCCGUCAACCAAUAUGGAAUCAGCGACCCGAGUGACGUCUCAGAGAUAAUCGACACUCGAGGUGAAAAUCCUACAACAGCUGACGAAAAAGAAAUGAGCGAGUUACGGCGAAAACUUCUUCAAAUCUCAGUCCGUUUGACGACAGUCAAUCCUCUCUCUGUAUCGACAUCUAGCGGCGGGAUACGUUUGGAAUGGGAUUCAUCUGCAAAUUGUGACAUCAUAGACGGAUUUAAAAUUUAUCUACAACCGGUAUCGGUCAGAAAUGGUGCUCGAAUCGUAGAAACAGCAUCAUGCUAUGCCAGAAAUACCGAAAUUAAGAAUCUACAAUCAAGAGUUGUUUACGAAAUACGGAUCCGUCCGUUUAAACUUGAGGUCAUGGGUUAUUUGAGUCCGAUUAUGCUUGCAUCACCAGAAUCAGAAGGCACAACGCCCGAAGCACCAAUCUUAGAGAUCGACUCUAAAGCGUCAGAAGGGGACAAUGCAGCAGUCAUUUCAUUCAGUUGGACGCCACCUUCCAGUAUUUUGCCGGAAUAUAUAUCACGUUAUACUUUGCGAUGCUAUGACAAAAACAAGGAUUAUGAUUUUAUUCGUGACGUCAGCGAUACGUCAUACACCUUGGAUGACCUACCAAAAGGAAGAGACUAUAUUGCCACCAUUACUUUUUCCACUUUACUAGGAGAAGGCAGAACAAGUGAAAAGAAGGAAUUUUCUCUGGAAGCUGGUUCAGCCGCAGAGGAAGACGGGUUAUCAUCUCUAAUGAAAAAUCCCGCUGUAUUAGCUGGAAUUGGCGCAUGUGUACUCCUUAUUAUAGGAAUUAUGGUGGGUGUAAUACUGUAUCGAAGACACAAGAAAAACCAAAAAAGUCGGGGACUCCAUGUGCGAUCCUUCAGCUUUACUCCACAAUCAGGCGGGAGACCUGGCAUACCAAUGGACCCAUUCCGCGAUACACAAUACAGCAAAGGGUUUACCAUCAACUUUGCAAAUCCCGGCGGAAGCAACAAUAAUUUUGACUCUGACGGAAGUAAUACCGGAAACGGAAAUAUGUAUCUUCAACGUCAAAAUAUGCCAGGGCCGCACUCUGUUGCUCGUAAUACAACAGUGUCGCUAAAUAAUAGUAAUGGAAAUGUCGGGACUUCUUUGUCGCCAGACAUGAGUGAUGUUCGUCCUGUCGCCCGACAAACUAGCUCUUUUUCUUACGUCACUGAUCAGCUGACUAGUAUGUCAAGUAUACCACCUCAAUUCUCUUCACCGAAUUCUAAUAGAGCACCAACGCAAAUUAUGAGUACUGCCGAUCUUCAGUUACAAUUGCAACAACAGCAACAAUACAAGCGACAAAUAUCGGACAGCCAGACAGUCUUGGCAGACGAAUACAGUCCACAAGAAAACUUGAUCGAUAUGAACACCCCAUUGGAACAAAACCCGAAUUCGGCUUAUUUCACACGCGACAGCGAUCUACCCCCACCUCCUCCGAGCCCACCGAUGUCAUUGAAAACCUCUCUGAGUGAAAGAACAAAUCGAAGUCGUGGUAGCAGCAAGCAUAGUGACAGAGGUUCAAAUCAUUCUGGAAGCAGAGGUCGCCGAUCUAGAGAACGAAAUCGCACUUUUCAGCCUCUGGAGAGAGUCCCGACUGACACUGACACAGGAAUUGACAGCCCCCAGCAGACUCCAUCGCCCCCAAGACCAGCCGAUCUUCGCGGCAAUCACUCUCAAAUGAGUAGCACGGCACCACAACCACGCAAUCAAGGCGCAUUUUCAUACCCGAGCUCUAAACAACACAAUAAUAAUAAUGGAAGACGAAGAAACGAUGGUAUUGCAGUGGAGUACAGCAGAAUGACGGAUCCAAAUCUAGGAUACCUGGGUGGACCAUCAGAAGGAGAAACCGAGUCUGAAGUCGGAGGAAUUCGCCAUGCAAGAGCGAAUAACUAUCAUUUGUCACUUCCAGAAGAAGUCAGAAAUAGCGUUGCCGUCUCUUCUGUUUCCAUGAUGAACGCCUAUGAUUCUGAGUCUGAUUGUGGUUCAUCUGACGGAAUAAGAAGUCGUACAUCGUCAGUGGAAUCUCUCAAUAUGGAAUCAGCUUCUCAAGUUGGAAUGUAUGGGCAACAGCAUGCUAUGUCACCCAAUCGGCCUGGCCAGAGUGCUUUUGUCCCGAUAAAUAAUCAAUAUAAUGGCGGUGGGAAUGCGUUACCCUCAACACGCCCAAAUUUUGUCAAACCGAAAGUACCGAAAAAAAAUCACAACAAUGCACAAAACCAAUACAACGUCGGAGGUAUGAAUGGACAUCAAUCAAUAUACCCAGAUCCACCACAACAGGGGUAUAUUAACCCUAAGAACCCCAAUCUAGCCCCAGAACAAUUUUUAAACAGAGUUAACAGCGCAAGCAGUUCUGAAUCGUCAUCUUAUCAUCAAAACACUGCGGAUAGCGGAAUGAGCGCUGGCGUCGGUUCCUAUGGACAUAAUAGUCUAAAUAGCACCAGCAGUGGCGAAAGUGGACCAAAAGGACAUAUUUCUAGAAGCAGGACCACUGGAAGUCUAUCCGCGGACCAGCCACCGACGGAAAAUAACGCUCCGCCUCAUUUUGCAAGUGUGGAUAGGAGAUAUUUACCUAAUUCUGAUCAUGAUAGACCAGAAUAUCAGAAUCCAAGAGGGAGACAGCCCGCACCACAACCAAGAAGACCACCCAGAGUGGAUUCUUUUAAUAAAAUGUCUUCAAAAAGCCCUCAAAGAAAAGAUUCACAAGAUUCAAAUUUAUCUCUACCACCGCGGGACACAAUGGCGUACGUUGAUUAUGAAACGCCCGACAACGACGGACAAACAGUAUUGACAGACAAUGUCUAUCGAACAAAUGAUGAUGACGUAAUGAAUGAACAAUCGGACGAGAGUCGCAUCGCUUUUCUUGCCGCCAAAUCUGUAUUCGCCCCUUCUAAUGGAAGUAAGCCAGUCCGUGGACGACAUCCAGAACUUUCAGAUGUACCGGAAGUAUCGACUUCCGAUUUUUGUGAAGAUUACAGCGACCGAAGUCAAUGAAAAUCGAUUUCAAAUCCACUUCAUAAGAGGAUUCGCAACAGUAAUGAUAGAAUUAUUAUCUAUUAAUAUAAUUGUAUAUUGGGUCAGUAUGUGGCCGAUUCAUUAGAACCUUGCUUCAUGCAGAAAAAAACUCACAAAAGUGAAAAAAAAUGACUGAAAAACCCUCAUGUUGGAAUUAUCGCGUAUGGCGGCGCAUCGAUUUGCACUGUGCAUGUGUACUAUUGUACUAAUAUUCUAUAUUGGAGGUGGCGCUUUAGAGACCUAUUUUUUUUAUUGCUGCACUCUUUGGCGUGUUAUCGUUUGAUAUUCGUCGUUCUGCUGCGUUUUUUAAUCUGCUAGACAGCUUAGUAAUUAAAUUUUUGAUUCCACGCAAAGAUAUAUUCAUCUUCUGCCACCAUCAAUUUACACUUACGUUCCACACGGAUAAAUAUUUUGAACGUUGCCGCAUCGAUCAGAAUUAUCUAACAUCUGCUAACUAAAUUUUAUUCAAUCAUCUUAUAUAAUGCAAUUUCUUGCGACUUAAGCGACAAAAUUAACCAUGCUUUUAAAAUGUCCCAUUGCCGCAAUAUGUUGAGUGUUUACCAAUUGGCAUCAACAUUCAGAUUGUUAUAGUUUGACGAUCCCCUGUUUGACUCUUAACUUAUUUUAAAAGCUUACGCUGAUUGGUUAUAUUUUAUUUUGUAAAUUUAUAAAAUCAUUUUUGAAGUUCCUGUUUCUUGUAUUUCGUUUUUUUUUUUUCAAUUUUUUUACUCACAGGUUCCCGAUUUUGUGUCAAAAGUAGAUUCUUGGGUCUCUGAGUGGAAUACUUUCAUCUACUGUCUGUGCCCAAAUCACUGAUACACUUUUGACCAAAAACGGGUCUAUUUGUUUAUCAUAGUUUCACUGUAAAUCAAAGUACGCAUUGGCUAUCAUACUUUUUCAAUUCAAAUUAUGACGUCAUAAUUUUUUGUCGUUAAAUUUCAGAACAAAAUUUUCCAUGCAUAUAUCAGGUUGAAAAAGCUCGGAAAAUUUUUGAAUAAUCAUACACAAUCAACUAAACAAUCGCCCACAGCGGAGUACCACAAUAACUGAAUUAACGUUUAAAAAUUUAUAUUUUUAUCUAAUAUUUUUAUAUUAGAAAUGUUGAAACGACAUGGUUACAUAAGCACAAUUUCUCAUUUUAUAACAUUCGUUGUCUUUUAUUUUAUUCCAUUUUCCUUUUUCAUUUCUUGCGGCUCUUUGCAUGCUUGCAGUGUUUAUUUUUCAAUGACGCUUUCUUAUUAUUAAUAUUUGCUCGCUUGUUUGUUUACAAUAUAUACAAACAAUUUUGUUUAUUUUUGCAACUGCUAUGUUUUCACUUUCAUUUCUUUUUAGUGAUUAAUUGUCAUUUUUAAUUAUUAUUGUUAUUAUAUUUUCGCGUCAAUAUUGUUAUUUAAUUCACUCAAAUAAGCAAUAGUAUGCUAAUAAUAUUAUUAUUAUUGCGAAUAUUCUUAAAUACAAAAGGCGAUAAUUGUAUAAUUUAUAAUGUUAUAUGUUUCUUUCUUCGCCGAUUGAUAGUUGAAUUGAAUUUUCUUUUGUCAUUUUUCCCUUUUUUUCGAAAUAAAUUUCGUCCG